GAAGUCUGCAGGUCCGAGGGCGUAGGGACAUUCCCUGACCCCUUGUCAUGUGACCAUUUCAUCAUGUGCCUCCCCGGAAACUGGAGAGCAUUCCCACCCCACCUCAUGGCGUGUCCCGACGGCACGAGGUUUGAUGCCAGCCUCAAGAUUUGUAACUACGCCGCCAAUGUGCCCUGUAGGCACUGA